GCCCCCAUAGUCCAGUGGGUGGUUCAUUUCCGUGCCUGGGGGUCCCUCUACCUCUGCUUCCUGCGCCCUCUAUGAUCUUCUUCCGCCUCCAGCGCCCACAGGGGCGCCUCUAGCCGCCGCCGCACUCCGGGCUCUAUGGUCCGCGCGGCCCGGAGCGCUUCCCAGUCUCCUCAGCGCCCGCGUCGCUGCUGCUGUCGGCCGGAGCCGGGGGAGCGAGCGCGGCGGCGGCGGCGCUGCCGGGGCCUGCCCAGCCUCCCCGCUCUCGGCGGCCAUGGAGCUGGAGGUGCCGGAGGAUGCGGAGAGCGCGGCAGCCGCCGAGGCCGGAGCCGUCACCCCGGAGGCUGGAUGGGGGGGACCGGACUCGGCAGGAGGUCUGGCACUGAAGAAGACGGCCCUCACUGAGGCCCCCUCGUUACCAGGGCAGCCUGGAGCUGGCCAAGGAAAGAAGAUAGGUCAUCGAGGAGUGGAUGCUUCUGGCGAAACUACCUACAAAAAGACCACUUCGACCACUCUGAAGGGGGCCAUCCAGCUGGGUAUUGGUUACACGGUGGGGAACCUGAGCUCCAAGCCGGAGAGAGAUGUCCUGAUGCAGGAUUUUUACGUGGUGGAGAGCAUUUUCUUCCCCAGUGAAGGAAGUAACCUCACUCCAGCUCACCACUACCCUGACUUCAGGUUCAAAACCUAUGCACCCGUGGCUUUUCGGUACUUCCGGGAGCUCUUUGGAAUUCGUCCAGAUGAUUAUUUGUAUUCGUUAUGUAACGAGCCUCUGAUUGAGCUGUCGAACCCUGGUGCCAGCGGCUCCCUCUUCUAUGUCACCAGUGAUGAUGAGUUCAUCAUAAAAACUGUGAUGCACAAGGAAGCGGAAUUCUUACAGAAACUUCUUCCUGGCUACUACAUGAACCUGAACCAGAACCCACGGACCUUGCUGCCAAAGUUCUAUGGACUGUACUGCGUUCAGUCGGGAGGCAAGAACAUUCGGGUGGUGGUGAUGAACAAUAUCCUGCCCCGGGUGGUGAAAAUGCACCUCAAAUUUGACCUGAAAGGUUCAACCUACAAACGCCGGGCAUCCAAGAAGGAGAAGGAGAAAUCCAGCCCCACUUUCAAGGACCUGGACUUCAUGCAGGACAUGCCGGAAGGCCUAAUGCUGGACACAGACACCUUCAGUGCGCUGGUGAAAACGCUGCAGCGAGACUGCUUGGUGUUGGAAAGCUUUAAAAUCAUGGACUACAGCCUGCUGCUCGGGGUGCAUAACAUAGACCAGCAAGAACGGGAGCGGCAAACGGAGGGAGCCCAGAGCACGUCUGAUGAGAAGCGUCCCAUUGGGCAGAAGGCACUUUACUCCACCGCCAUGGAGUCCAUCCAGGGUGGGGCUGCCCGGGGAGAGUCCAUAGAUACAGAUGACACAAUGGGAGGAAUCCCAGCUGUGAAUGGCAAAGGAGAGCGCCUCCUGCUGCAUGUAGGAAUAAUAGAUAUCCUUCAGUCCUACAGGUUCAUCAAGAAGCUAGAACACACUUGGAAGGCCCUUGUCCAUGAUGGGGACACGGUGUCAGUGCACAGACCCAGCUUUUACGCAGAGAGAUUCUUCAAAUUCAUGACCAACACAGUGUUCCGAAAGAAUUCCUCUCUGAAAUCAUCUCCAUCUAAGAAAGGACGUAGUGCCUUGUUAGCUGUCAAGAUGCCUGGCCCAACAGCUGCAUUUUCAGCUAGCCAGAUCCCCUCGGAGAGGGAUGAAGCCCAGUAUGAUCUCCGAGCCGCCAGGAGUUACCCCACGCUGGACGACGAAGGUGCUAAACUUAACCAGGACAGGGGGGAAGCAGGAAGGCCGGACCUGCUACCCUGCACUCCCCCUUCCUUCGAAGAAGCAACCACAGCCUCCAUAGCAACGACGCUCUCUUCAACAUCGCUCUCUGUUCCUGAGCGGUCUCCCUCGGAGACCUCUGAGCAGCCCAGGUACAGGAGGCGCACACACUCCUCAGGGCAGGAUGGCAGGUCUCACGAGGAGGUUCGGGUUGAGGAGGAACUCCAGCAGAUAACCGUAGAGCUGGAAAGCAAAUGUGACGUUGAGAUCAUAGCUCCUGAGGAAGACGACAAAGGGGAGGCAGCCUCUUCAGCCUGUGCCAUCGCAACAGCCACAGCUACAAUCGAAGUGGAAACAGCCAGCCAGGCCUCGGAACCAGCCAGCCAGGCUUCAGAUGAAGAUGAUGUGCCAGUCGCAGACAUAUACUUUUAAUCUCUAUGCAGACACUGAAGACCCAGAGAGCAGCGUUUCCCUCUGCAGGUUGAUGUGUUCCCUUUCGUUGACACAGUCGUUCUGAUGGGAUGGGGAUGAGCUUGCUGCACAGCUGGAUCUGGGCACUGCGUGUCAGGCUGGAGUGAAACGCUCUCUAAACGUGUAUUUAUACCUAUCCGAGACACGGACAGCAAAGAAACCUCCCACCCAGAGCGCCUGCGUAAAGCGGCCUGGGUAGUGACUGUUCCCGAACAGGCACCACUGCAGCUACCUACCCGUGUGUGAUACUGUGAACCUUUGUAAUUUUUAAUCAUGUAUUUAUUUCUUUUAUCUUUGCACAGACACUGCACAAAUGUGCUUUUUUUUAAACAUUUAGUUUACUGCACUUUU